AUGUCCGACAACAAGAUGCGCCCUGAAGAUCUUCCCAUGUGGCUUCCCCUCCGAGAGGGGUGUGAAUGGGACUCGAUCUUCAACAUGCACGAGUGCUUCGACCCGGAGUACGACACGCUCCCACUUGUGCUUCUCCGACUGGCUUUCUGGGUCUUUGCAGUGAGCCCGCGGUUCCUGUGGUGGUUGCUGAUGCUCUACCACUUCCGGAGGCUGAUCAACACCUCCAGGGCCGUGGUGUUCCUGCAGGCCGUUACGGCGGCGGCCCUCUGCCUGAUCCCCUGGAUCUGGCAGAGCGACUACUCACGUCUGAGGUCGCAGACAGAGCCUUUCUUUGCCAAUUGUUGGCAGCUCUGGUUCCUCCUCUCCUCGCCAAACAUUUUGUUUACGGCGUACCACCUCCCCGGAACCGUCCGGGAUGGCAUAGUUCUCGCAAGAGACUAUGCCUACCGUUGCAUGGACCUGGAGAUUCUGUUUCCAGAGCCUGGUGAGGUGAACCUCGACGCUGAUCCCAGGGACACGGCUGGGGAAGCCUUCUUCAAGAAGCUCCUCACCGAGGACUGGGAGAGGCGUCGCAGGAAGGAGAGUGAGGAGCGGGCCACACGAGAGUACGAGUUGGCGAUGCGGGAGCGGGAACGGGAGGUGAGGGAGAGGGAGGUAGUAAGGCAGAAGGAGCUCGAGGAUCGACGCCGACAGCGGGAGAGGCGCGACGAGGCUGCCAGACAGGAGGAGCAGCGAAGGGGUUAUGACCCCGACGCCGACUUCUCCGGUCUGGCCGCCAUCUUUCGUCGCACCGACCGUCGUUGGCGUCCUCGAGUUCCGGAAUCUGAGCCCGAACUCGAACUCGCCAGGGUCAAGGUGCAAGAUCCUAGGUCGAAGGGCUCCCGAAAGGUCAUCGCGUUUUACAGCCGCGGUACCCAGACGGAGCCUCGAGGCUUUCCCGGGGAGCGAGCAUCGGGCGAGGCAUCCUCAUCGAGGUAUACCUCAAACGGUGUUCAGACGGACUCGAUGACCGAGGAGAAGCAGCACAAGGCCCCUGCUUCCAAGCCACAGGAGAAGGCCGCUUCAUCUCCCGCAAGGGAUCCUCAACCUUCGAGACCGACUCCUACUCCUGCUCCAGAGUCUCCCAUGGUCAAGCAGACCGACGAAGAGCCCUCCGAGAGGCCACAGCCUCCUGCGUCGGCUUCCCCCAGACCCUCCGCGCCCAGAUCAUCGGCGUCUCGACAGCUUGUCCGGUCUCCGACAACGCUGUUCGGGGCGAGGGUGUCGACCAACCUCCAAGGUCGUCGCCCUCGUAGCCAUAUGAGGGCAAGGGGGCGUUUGGGGCGAGGUCGUCCAGGACGGCUGUUUGGCUCUCCCGCUGCCGCUAGAGGAAGGGUCGACGAGACCCCUUCGAAGUCAUCGGAGUCUUCGACUCGAGAAGGCGAGCAAGUCCAGGAGCAGGCCGCCGACACCACCGCCGCCGCCGCCCCCAUCCCCCUCGUCCAGGAUGCUCCGGACACCACCAGCUCGUCCUUCAAGAGACCCGAGGACUUCGACGACUUCGAAGAGUGGCUCAACUCUUCCCUUCCUCCCUCCGAUCUCGAUGGCACCGACCCGUUCUCCCAGCCCGUGGUUCCGGCUGCAGCUCAGCCGACCACCACCACCACCACCUCGAACGACCUUCCCGGCUUGCCAGACAACGACGAGACCAUGGCCCUCGGAGACCUUCUCGGUUCGGCUCUCGGAGAGGUGAGCCUGCGCGACGACGCAGAGGUUCGCUCGACCAGCGACCUCAUGGAUCUUGACUCCAACCAAGAUCCCAAGGAGAGUACCGUCGGCCAGGAGCAGCUGGUAUCAGAGAUGGAGACCGUCGUUGACGACUCCGGAGAUGCUGGUCCCCUCACCAGCCUCUCACCUGAGAUGGACUGGGAGGGUGAGGAGGGCUCAGACAUCGCCAUGUGCGAUGUCGAAGCCCUCCCUGCACCACCGACGGCUCUCGCUCCAUCCACUCUCGCUCCGUUAGCCGCUCUCGCUCCUUUCACGACUCCCGUUGCACACGCGACUCCUGAUACCCAAGCUGAAGAGGCCGACAAGCCUCAGGAGGAGCUCGAUGAACUUGAGAGAGACCUGAUCGCAGCGUUCGAAGAGAACGAUAGUAGCGAUGUUGAAACAGUCCUACAUGUUUCCCCGAGCCCACCUCACCAUACUCUACCCUCAACCAACGACGCCCAACCGCCUCUCGUUGAUCCAGCACUCUUCGCAAGCACUGUUCCGACCGCGCCUCAGUCCUCAACCAACCAAGCCGCUGAAAACCCUGAUGAACCCCAGGAAGCCAGUCAGGCAGAGAUGGCCAAGCGACACAUCUUGAAGCCCAGAUCUCGCAGGUCCAAGGACACAGGCAGCGCCCCCUCUCAGUCAAGACAGACAUCACUACAGUCCGUUUCUGAGAACAAAGAACAGGAGCAAGAGCAAGCUGUGAUGGACAACACCGCUCAGAAUCUCGUCCUGCUGGCAGGACUUACAAGCAUUCCCGUUGGUGAUAGUACCCAACCUCAGCAAACAACUCCCGUUGCACCGCCAUCCGCAGUUCAAGAGACAACUGUCAAGUCCGCAACAACUCGUGGCAAUAACCCUACACCUCCUCUCCAACCUCAACAGAACAUACCUACUUCCACCGCGGCGAACCAGCCUGCGCAUAUCCCAGCUGUUCAGAAUGGCAGCUUAACCCUCCCAGGAGGCAACAAUACCACCAACCCGUUGGCCCCUACACCCUCUCCUCAACCUCAACAGAACGUACCCAGUCCCUCCGCCGCGAACCAGCCUGAGACUGUUCCAACUAUCCAGAUGGGCGGCUUGACCCUCCCAAGAGGCAACAGAAUCGCCAACACGCCCACACCUCCACCACCUCCCCAACCUCAACCUACUUCCACCGGCACGAAACAGCCUGCGCAUGUCCCAGCUAUCCAUAUGGGAGGCUUGAUCCUUCCAGGAGGCAACAGUUCCAUCACCACGCCGACUCCGACUACGCAGCAGGAUGCUCCCAAGCCAAACCCUAGCCCACAAGGUCCCCCGAGAAAGGGAUCUAUACUCUCAGACACCCUCAUCACCGAUUCUCCAGAGCAGAUGACACCAAGUCAGACGCCUGGUAGACGCGAUUCGACCCCUGCUGGAACUCCCAAGGACCUUGGAGAGGCAGAGCUACAGAGGGCGAUCAGACGACAACAGGCAAAGAAGGGAAAGAAACCUCAGCUGUUCCACUCCAAGAGAAGCAACGCAUCCUCAUCCGCGACGACUUCAUCUCCAACUACACCCAUCAGACAAGGAUCUACAGACACCGCAAUGGAGGCAGAGUCUUCAGACGCCGCAGCGCAGAGACUACUGAGCGGGUCCAGCUCCAAGAAGAAGGUCACAGUUGUUCAAUCGUUAUCGGUGCCACAGAAUUUGCGAGACCAGGAACGAGACCAUUACGAAUCUCAGAGAGAAUCUCUGAGGAGGAACGGCGAUCUAUGA